AUGAGAGGGAGUACAGCGUCUGAAACAUGUGUUGAGCAGCUUGCUUUGGCCUUGGCGAACAAGUUUUAUGACUGCGGUUCGAGUCACUGUCCUACGUUGGAUGAGCCUCGAGGCAUCGCGGCGAUGCAUUGCGAGAAUAUUGUGCCUGAUGACACACAGCCUAACUCUCGUUGGUUUCAAUUACGGUUGGAUGAGACACGUAGGAUGUCCUACGGGUUGUUCCUAACUGUGGCGGUUCAGGCUUUGCAGAAGGCAGGAGGCCAGCCGUUGGUAUCGAAGGAGCAGUUGCAAUUUGUGUCAAGUGGCAAGGUGGAGACGGGGAUAGCGUCGCCUGGUCCUUAUUUAGAAGCUUUGGCGAAAUUGGAGAAUGCGCCAUACCUGUUGGAGAUACCACGGCAGAUAACACGAUGGGAGUAUAACCCGAAUACCCCUGAGAUGGUAUCUCUGGCACAACGAGCAUUGCUCGACCUUGCAAGCACUUGUGGCCUUUCCGAAGUACCUGAGGCCGCAGGCUGUAUCCGUCUUCUGGAACAGCCAGCGGAAAGCUUACAUAAACUCCGUGUGGAUUUUUUCCGAGCUUACCUUGAGUACCAUGAACCCCAACACCCUGUCCUGUUGGCCGCCGAGAGCAUGAUCGAUCGAGUCAGGCGCAAAAAUUCCUUUGACGCCCACUGGACCGGACUCUGUUCCCCACCUCUAGACUACCGCGGCGGCCAAAUCGUUUUCGUCCCGCCUCCCAAGAGGCCGGGCAAAACCCCAUGCGACCAGUGCAGUGCCCCGCCUCCCGUCUCCUUCGCCGCCUUUGUCGGCCACCUGCAGCCGACGCCUGACGUCUGCACCGGUUACUGGGAGACCGAAGCCGACGCAGCCGCAUCCGCUGUUCGAGCCGCGGCCCGCGAGCAGGGCGCGAAAACGGCCCAGUUGCCCUGGGCCGCCACCUGGAAACCCUGGGCCGAGUACGCUGGCAUCUUCGGCGGUCUCAUAAAAGGCGAAUGGAAGAACGUUGCCGCGCCCCAGCUCCAAGUCUGCUCCGCCAUUGACGGACGUAUUCACCAACACCGGGUCAUCAGCUUGCGUCGCCUCCUCGAGAAUUGUAGACCCUCAAGGGAGGUCAUAGACACACUCCAGAAAGAUGUCGAAAAACACCUCAAGCGCGCCGCCUGUAUCGCUACCAAACGACGCAACCACGAGGCUAACCACGAGGCUAACCACGAGGUUAACCACGAGGUUAACCACGAGGCUAACCCCGACACUGAAGACGACUUGUGUAAGACCGACUCUAAACAAGACUUAGAAUCCUGCUCCAAGGCCGGCAGCGAACAAGUCACCUCCGGCUGGUACGUUGGCUCGAUCGAUCAAGUCUAUCUCACCCUUGAAUUCAAUCCGAAACUGCCCCCUGGCUUCAACCUCGAUUUCGACUCACUCCCGUCGGGCACCAAGAGCAAACUUAGCCCGCUGCUGACACCCGUGUGUCUCCUUGCCGGCUCCGACGAAGAAGCACAACAAAAACAACGCGAGUUUUUUGAGGAUCUCCGUAACCAAUGUUGA